AUGGCGAACGGACGAAGCCGUCUACUGCAGCACCUGACUGCAGCCGCAGCGUCGCUGAUCAACAUGUGCUACGGUACCUUCAUGGGUUGGCCUGGGACGACUCUGCCAAUCCUGGAGGCAGAAGAUUCGCCGCUUCCACUCACCGCCGACGAGGGCUCUUGGCUCGCGUCCAUCAACUCACUCACCAUGCUGGUGGCCAUAUUCGCCACCGGCUACGCCGUUGACGUUGUGGGACGUAAGAAAGUGUUGCUGUUCGGAGCCGUACCUCUGUUCAUCUGGUGGGUGAUGGUGGCGUUCGCCAAUUCUUACGGAAUGCUGCUCGCAGCUCGAGCGAUUGGUAGCUUGGGCGGCGGCCCCAUCAUCACGGCCUUGCCAGUGUUUCUGUGUGAGAUAGCCGACACCGACGUAAGAGGGACGCUAAUUGUGAUCCACUACUUCCUCAUGCAGUGUGGUUACCUGCUCGUGUAUAGCAUUGGGCCUUACCUGUCCGUCACCACUGUUGCUCUCAUCUGCGCCUCAAUUCCGAUCAUCUUCUUCUUGACAUUCAUCUGGAUGCCGGAGUCACCAUACUACUUUCUCAAGCAACGCAGAGAAGCGGAAGCUGUGAAGUGUCUCGAAAGAUUCAAAGGUCAACUGUCAAGGGAAGAACUGAAGUUUGAGCUGGAGUCGAUGUAUCAAGCUAUAAGAGAGAAACAACAAAGUAAAGGAAAGUUGAAAGAUGUCAUCUUGGUGCCUGUGCACCGCAGGACAUUGCUCUUAGCGAUUUUGGCCUCUAUUGGUCUCGCACUAGUGCUGUCCUUGGUCAUGGGUGAGCUGUUCCACGUGUCGGUGAAGGGGGUCGCUUCAGCUGUUGGCAUCACCGUGAUGGCGCUGUACGGCUUCUUCCUGCAGAAGAUGUUCCAAGUGGUCUCUGACGGCCUGGGCGCCUACUACUCCUUCUGGGGCUUCACCGUGAUGUGUGUGGGUGCCGUCGUUUAUGUUUACGCGCUCAUGCCUGAGACGAGGAACAAAACUUUUGCUCAGAUCAACGAAGAAAUGAUUCACAAUGAAGUAUGUCCCGUCUGA